UCGUUAGUUCACUCAUACUUAUUUUGCUGCAUAAUGCAAUUUUUAAUUAUUUUUAAAUCAAUUAUUAUUGAUUUGUUAAAUUAUUCUAGAUCUGACAACGAAAACGGAGAAGAUUUAGCUAGUGAAGAGGAAAUUUCAGUGGUAAAGAAAAAAAGAACAGCUCCUAAAAAUUCUCAAAGUAAAAUCAAUUGGGAAUUUGCUGCCCCGGAGAAAAACCGGAGGAAAAGAAUUCUUGUAGCUAAAGUGCAAAAACGUGGUAGAGCUAAAAGAAUUGCUAAAAGGAGCGGACAGACGAAAGACAGUGCUUCAAAUUCUGAAACCAUCUCAUCAUGUAACGGGGGUAAUUCUGUUGUAGAGAUGGACAGUUCUGAUGGAAUCAGUGUCAACAUAUCAGAUUCUGAUUCCAUCAAACGUUUGAUCAAAGAGUGCAAUGUUUGUUUAAAUUCUGAUGAAAUUGAACAGUAUGGUGGUACAUUUCCACUCCGAAUGAACAAUGUUUCUCCCAUGAAAAGGAAAAGGGGGGGAAACAACUCUUUAGUUUUAAAUAGUCAUUCAUUAAAAAAUGGUACUCCUUCCUUUCAGAAUAAUUUACGUGAUAGUGAAGUGUCUAAAAGUGCUGGAAGAAGUAGUAAUAGAAAGCGGGUGGCUAGCCCAGAGAAGGAAUCGCCUACAAAUAACAAAAAAUCUGACAACGGAAGCAGAGAAGAUUUAGCUAACAAAGAGGAAAUUUCAGUAGUAAAGAAAAAAAAAACAACUCCUAAAAAUUCUCAUCAAAAUCAAAGCAAUGGGGAAUUUGCUGUCCCGAGGGAAAACCAGAGUAAAAGAGUAACUGAAGUGCAAAAUGGAUCAGUGCGAAAACGUGAUAGACCUAAAAGAAUUACUAAAAAGAGAGGACGGACGAAAGUCGGUGCUUCAAAUUCUGAAACCAUCUCAUCAGAUGAAGGUGGUAAUUCUGAUGUACAGAUGGACAGUUCGGAUGGAAUCAGUGUCAACAUAUCAGAUUCUGAUUCCAUCAAACGUUUGAUCAAAGAGUGCAAUGUUUGUUUAAAUUCUGAUGAAAUUGAAGAGUAUGCUGGUACAUUUACACUCCGAUUGAACAAUGUUUCUCCCAUCAAAAGGAAAAGGGGAAAAAACAGCUCUUUAGUUUUAAAUAGUCAAUCAUUAAAAAAUGGUGCUCCUUCCUUUCAGAAUAAUUUAAGUGAUAGUGAAGUAUCUGAAAGAACUGGAAGAAGUAGUAAUAGAAAAAGGGUGGCUAGCCCAGAGAAGGAAUUGCCUACAAAUAACAAAAAGAAGAAAGAUACAGCCCCUUUGCUUCACUCAUUACGUAGCAAUGCAUCUUCCUCUGCUGUGGAAGAAGAGUCUUCACAAACUGCCAGUUCCUCCAUAAGUGAUACAAAAGAGAGCUCUUCUGUGGACUCUAUACAAAGCUUUACAUCAAUUAUUUUAAAGAAUGCUUCCAAAAAAUCUGGUGUUGCUUCAGUCAUUGUUCAGAACUCCCAAAAUAAUGCCGUAUGGCAAAAUAAAUCUAAAAUCCUGUUCAAUCAAAUUAACGAGUCUGUUGAGGAGAACAGUUUGUCGAGAAAGGAGAAACCUGUUACAAGGAGUCAUAAGGUAACAAGUUCCAUAAAGACUACUAACUCUUUUGUGACAAGAGCAUCUGCUAGAACAGCAAAAAAUAAAAUGAUUGAAGCAAAAUCAAGGCCAAAGCAAAGAUGAUACAAAAGCUCAUCUUAAUUCAACCCUCAUUCUUAGGUUAUGAAUGUAUGUUAUGUAUGAACUUGCAACAACUUUCUAUUAACAUUCAUGUAUUCACUUUUAUAUAUGAUGUAGUGGACCUUCACAUUUCCUAUUAUUACUUAGAAUUUUUAUAAUUUCGUGUCUAGUUUACUCAAGAUAUCUUUUGUUGCACUAAUAAGGAAGUUCCUGAUUUAUUAUAUUCAUUUUGUUUUAGUUCUGGGGACAAAAAUCGUUGAGUGUAUCACAAAAAUUUCCCCAAACACACCAUACUUAACUCAGUUGAGUAAAUCACUUUUUAAGAGCUCUUAAGCACCAAUAGCCUUAGUGUCCUUAAGCAAAUGUCUUAGAAGACUGCUUAAGACAUUCAGCAAAUAAAUUGUUAUAUUAAAAGUUUCUUUUAAAU